CUCGUGUGGAGAUCUUUCAAUACACCAUCAGUUGUAGCAGUGCGCGCGUGCGUUCACGCGUUUGUCAGUCAGUCAGUCAGUCAGUCAGUGCGCGCUAGCGGAGGCAGCAGUGGCGCAUCUCAAAUAUCCGCCGCUGGAAUAAAACGGAAUGUGAAAGAUCUUCGGCCCCGUCACCGGCCAAAGCUUCUGUUUUUCCCAUGACAAGCUGAUGCGAAGAGAGGGAGAGCGCGAGACAGUUAACGGUACAGAGAGAGGAAAGAUAAGCAGUAUUAUUAUGAGAAAAGAGGACGGAGUUUUCGGAGCCCUAUUUGUUUUGCUCGCGGAGAUGAGGCGGGGGGUAGCGAGUCGCUACAAAAUUGUUGGGCUCCGGCCAAGCACUGUUCGGUUUUAGCACAUUUAUACCGGCGCGCGUGCGUUUUCAUCGACAAAAAGACGCUUUUGAUCGUACGGUGUGCAUCACAGAAAAUAAUGCACCUGUCUCGAGGACAUCUGUGAGAUUUGCGGACUGCUGUUGCCGCUGCCAUGACAGACGCAGGCUUUCCAUCUCUACCGGUCACCGAGCAGUCGGUGUGAGAGAAGCACGGCCCCAGCUGCAGCAUCUCGGCCGAUGUGGGCUGCCUUUACCGGGGGAGAUUAAAUCUGUAAAUACUGUUCGGUUUAUUCAUCUCUAAUCGUUUGCGAUCUCAGGGAAAAUGUCCUCUCGGUCUGCUUUACCGACUGCGAACGACCGGAGCACAGAUCAUCAUGCGUCUCUGGUGGCGAGUCGUUCAGAGAAGGGGACAAAUGUGUCGAGUCGUUCACUGGGUGCAAGAUGUCAUAACUCCAUGGCAUCUUGCUCAGAUGAUCUGCCACACAUUGGAAACUACAGGCUCCUUAAAACCAUUGGCAAGGGCAACUUUGCUAAAGUCAAACUUGCCCGCCACAUCCUCACAGGCAAAGAGGUUGCAAUAAAGAUUAUCGACAAAACUCAGUUGAACCCAACCAGCCUACAAAAGCUGUUCAGAGAGGUGAGGAUCAUGAAGACCCUCCAUCACCCCAACAUUGUGAAACUCUUCGAGGUUAUUGAAACAGAGAAGACGCUUUAUCUUGUGAUGGAAUAUGCCAGUGGAGGUGAGGUGUUUGACUACCUGGUGUCUCAUGGGAGAAUGAUAGAGAUUGAGGCUAGAGCCAAAUUCAGACAGAUUGUGUCAGCUGUUCAUUACUGUCAUCAGAAGAAUAUAGUUCACAGAGAUCUGAAGGCAGAGAAUUUGCUGUUGGAUGCAGAUGCUAAUAUAAAGAUAGCAGACUUUGGCUUUAGUAAUGAGUUUACGUUGGGGAAUAAAUUGGACACAUUCUGUGGUUCCCCGCCUUAUGCAGCCCCAGAGCUCUUUCAAGGCAAAAAGUAUGAUGGGCCAGAGGUGGACAUCUGGAGUCUGGGGGUCAUCCUCUACACGCUGGUCAGCGGGUCUCUUCCUUUUGACGGACAGAACCUCAAGGAGCUACGUGAGCGAGUGUUGAGGGGGAAGUAUCGUGUGCCCUUCUAUAUGUCCACAGACUGUGAGGGGAUUCUGCGCAGGUUCCUUGUGCUCAAUCCCAGCAAACGUUGCACUCUAGAGCAAGUGAUGAAGGACAAGUGGAUGAAUGCAGGGUUUGAGGGUGAUGAGCUAAAGCCUCACAUUGAGCCAACGGAGGACUACAGUGACCCCAAACGCAUUGAGAUUAUGGUCGGGAUGGGUUUUACCACAGAAGAGAUUAAAGACUCUUUACUAAAUCAGAAAUAUAAUGAAGUCACAGCUACAUAUCUACUGUUGGGCCUGAAGACUGAGGAUGGUGCUGAGUCUCGAGUUAGUGGCAGUAUGACGUUGCCACGAGUGCGUCCAAGCCCAAUUACCAACGGAACCAACAAACAAUCCACCUCUUCAUCUUCUUCCUCAUCAUCACACAGCAAGACUCAACGCAGCACCUCUACCUACCAUCGCCAGCGACGGCACAGUGACUUCUGUGGUCCCAGCAUGCCUGUGAUGCACCCUAAGCGUAGCCCGACCAGUGGCGGAGAUCGUGAGCUGCGUGAGAGCCGUAUGCCGCCUAGGAAGGCCAGCUGCAGUGUAAUGGGUAGCCGGACCCUCCCCCCAUCUAGUCCAAUGGUCAGCACCGCCAACAACCCCAACAAGGCGGAGAUACCUGACCGACGCAAGGAGAUGACCGCCACCACUAAUAAUAUCCCAGGAAGUACUAUGACCCGCAGGAACACGUACGUAUGUACAGAUCGUUCUAGCACUGACCGACACUUGCUGCUGCAGAAUGGCAAAGACAACAGCUCUCUGUCUCACCGUCUCCCCCCCACCUCUCCGUCCACUCUCAGUAUUGUGGGAGCAGGAGCCUCCUCCUCCUCUUCCUCAGGUGAGCGCUGUCGGCUGACACGUGGUUCCACCAUCCGGAGCACCUUCCAUGGGGGUCAACUCCGUGACCGUGUACCGCCCACCUAUGGACCUCCACCCACAUCGCCCACCCUCAGCCAUGACGCUGGAGCCCUGCCACCCAACACCCGCAGCCGGGCCACCUCUAACCUGUUCAGCAAACUCACCUCCAAACUCACACGCAGGGUCACAAAUGAAUCUGAGGGAGUCAGCAGAUCUUCGGUCACAGGUGGCUAUGUAUCUGGGGAUCAGAAAGCGUCCGAGCCCUGGGGCGGGGGAGGGGGGUGGUAUGUAAGGGGUCAUCUCUCCCGUCCCCAACGGGUCCCUGCAGAAGUGGUACUGGCCUUGCAUGAGGCAGCAAGGGGGUGUGGCUGCCAGGUCCAGCACGCUGGCCCAUUUCUGCUGUGUUGCAGUCAUGGGGCGGCUGGGUCAAAGGUUGGAUUCCAAGCUGAGGUGUGCCAACUGAGUGUGGGUCCUGCAGAGGCAAAUGGAGUACGCUACACACGCCUGUGGGGGGCUCCACUCGCCUUCAGGCACAUCGCAUCGCAGAUCUCUAAAGAGGUGGAGCUCUGAGGGGACGGGGUGGAGACUUGACUUGAAUAUGCCCCCUCACUAUAUCUGUUAUAAUAGCGAACUGACUUUGACCCACCCACCAAUGUGUAAUAGACCUAAAGCAACAUCUGCUCCCUCCUCCAGUCACCACUCAACAAAAACCAAAACUUUAAACACACAUAUACACAAACACAGUCACAUUAAAGGCAUGGAACACUAAUCUCCCUGACAUGGGGAAAUCUACAAAAACAAGCACAUCCCUUCAUGCACAAAAUAAACAAGAGUGCUUCUUAACAUGGAUACUCACACCCACAAAUGUACACACACACACACACUCUCUGAGCAUCUUCAUUCACUGGAUCUGGAUUGAAUCCAGUUUAGUAUUUUUAUUCUCAUUCAAGUCAUGAAAAUCUUCAAUAAUUGAUGUCAUUCUUUUUUUUUAACACUUUUGUAUGUUUUCAAUUUUUGACAUUUUAAACGGGUCAUACAUUUUUUAUGUUUUUGUGAUUAAUGUGUCUUACAUUUGUUAUUCCGUAGUCAUAAACUGUAGAACUGUAGCUGCCAAUUAACUAUAUGCACAAACAUGUAGUUGGCGAACGUAUCCUAACAUCAUCAUAGCUCACAGUGCCCACACAAAUCUAAAUCAGACUUGCUGGUGAACACAAAUUUGAUGAGGCUGUCAGCCAAUCAAUCACAGACUCAUCACGGAAUACUCUACACUUUGUUCUUGAGAUUGUCCAAGCAGAAACUAUUUCCUUAAAAAAUGUGUUUUUCUUAUGUAUAAUGGCAGUUUACGUAUUACCUACUGAUUACUUUAUUGUCCAGAUAUAGAAAAACAUUUAAUGCCAAAUGACUUUUCUUGCCCCUUCUCAAGCUGGCUCUGUGAUUGGCUGAUAUCCCUUUUUGUAUGACUGCUCUUCCGUGAUUCUUUGCAGUUGGAGUUACCUAUCCCUUUAUCCAAUCAGAGUGGGGUUGAGGUUAUAGAGCAUGUGAUUCAGAUUUGGAUCUAAGUGAUCAGUGUUAAAAGCACACUUCCUGCAUUGUAGAUAUGUGAAAAAUGUUCACGUCUUCUAUUGGACCGUUUCACACGUUUUCUAUUGGAUUUAAUUCUAUUGUCAAACCUAUCGUAAUGUACAUUUCUAUAUUUUAAUUGCACCACUUAAAUAGAGAAUCAUCAUGGUCUGGAUAACUAAAUUUUCUAUGCACCUCCAGAGUAGAAAGAUAAAUAUUAAGCUAACUAUUGCAUCUUAGUAAUUGCCAACUUUAUGUCAGCAAUUAUAAAUUCAAAGUCAUACAAUUCAGUGUUCCAGGGAUUUAAAUUAUUUAUAUAAAAAAAAAAAUAAUAAUUUUGAUCGCUUAACCAACAAUGAGAUAUUACCUCAAUGCACCAUUUACUGUAUCUAAAAUGCAGGAUGUUUUCAUGCAGGACUGCAGGAAAAGGUUUAGUGCUCUUACUGCAGAAUAGAUUUUUAGAGGCAAGUGCACCAAUUGGGUUUAGAAAAGAAUGUAUGUGUUGUGUGUGUGGCAGGUUUGCAAUCUUACAUUGAAUAAUUUGGCUAAUAUUCCUUAUAACUCUAUGUCACAUAAACAGAGUUGCAAUUUAAAAAUGGACAGUGGAUGAUCUGUAUGGCAUUCUGUCUGACCUGAAAAUUAUGUGUUC